GAGGCGGCUGGGAUGAGGCGGCUGCGGUGAGGGCGGCGGGCGGAGUGUGGGCCGCGGCGCCCUCGGGAGCGGAGCGGCGGUGUAGCCGCCCUCCCGGGGCGCCUGCUCGUUGCGGGGCCGAGUCUGCUUGAGGCCGGCGGGGUUUGGCUGCGAGGGGAGCCGGGCUGUGCGCGCUCAGCCAGAACUGGCAGUGCGGCGGGCUGCUGGCAGACAAUGGCGGCAGAACAGAUUUCUGCAGCUUCACUCAUUGACAGGACUAUGAAGAUUAGGAGGGAGGCUGAAGAGCGGAAAGUGGUCUGGGCCUGGGGACUCCUUAAUAUAUCUGUUGCGGGGAUGAUAUAUACUGACAUGACUGGAAAACUUAUAAGUUCCUAUUACAACAUCCCAUUUUGGCCACUCUGGUAUAUUGAGCUUGCACUUGCAUCCCUGUUCAGUCUGAAUGCCUUAUUUGAUUUUUGGAUGUACUUCAAGUACACAAUGGCACCAACUACCUUGGUCAUGACUCGUAGACAGCAGAUCCUUCUAGGGAUGCAGAAUGCAGCAGUACAAAUAAUUCCACCACAUGAGCUGGCAGCGAAGAAAGUCCCUUCUUCUACGCCUUCUCCUACAAUCCAGGGUCAAACUGUGCUGAGUUACAGCCCAUCCCGCCCCUUCAGGGCCAGUCCAAAGUUUACUUCUGGUUGUAUCUCAGGGUACAGCCCUCAGCUGCAGGCUCUGUCAAGCAACAGUGCUUCUUAUAGCAGUGCUUUAACCUAUUCACCAAACAGCAGCUACAGUAAGUUUUCCAGCUUCAGCUCUUCUCCUACUGGUUCACCAUAUGCCUCAAGUGUUGGGCCAGUGGAAAGCACCGGGCUAAGAUCUCGUUACCGCUUUUCACCAAUUCGGUAUAAUUCCCGUAUGAGUCAAGAUGAUGAAAUCACAGACCUCAAGUCACUGCAAAAGUACCUUCGAAGUGAAGAAGAGAAACAGCAUAGACUUCAAUUGGGAAGUUCAGAUUCCAGCUCUCCUUCCAGCAGCCCAACCUUUUGGAACUACAGCCGUUCCUUAGUAGAGCAAGCACAGGUGCUGAGAAAGUACCAGUAUCAGCUGGCUUGCCGGUCCCAAGCUCCAUCAGCACACAAGGACGAAGCUCAUCUGAGCUCUCCGCAGGCUGCAGAAGAAGUUUGGGCAAGGGUGAUUGUGAAUCGACGACAGCUUGAUUACAUGGAUUCCUGGACCGCUAGGUUCAGAAGUUGGAUUAAUGAGACUAUUUUAGUGCCACUUGUACAAGAGAUUGAGUCUGUGAGCACUCAGCUGAGAAGAAUGGGGUACCCAGAAAUGCAGAUUGGAGGGAGAAUGUUCAAAGUUCUGUCGUGGGCGCAGAUGACGUGCUGGCUCUUCUUGCAUGCAGAAGCCAGCAUCAGCAAUCUGAAACAAGCAGCGCUUGUUAAAGCUCCGGUCAUGCCAACUCUGAACGCUAUAGUGCAGUAUUUGGAUAUUACACCGAACCAGGAGUAUUUGGUUGAAAGGAUCAAAGAGCUUUCUCAGGGAGGAUGCAUGAGCUCAUUCCGAUGGAACAGAGGAGGAGAUUUCAAGGGCCGUAAGUGGGAUGCUGACUUACCCACUGACUGUGCUAUCCUUAUGCACAUAUUCUGCACUUACCUCGACUCCAGACUGCCCCCUAGCCCCAAAUACCCUGAUGGCAAAACCUUCACUGCCCAACACUUCAUUCAAACACCAGAUAAACCAGACAUUACAAAUGAAAAUGUAUUUUGCAUCUACCAAAGCAACAUCAAUCCACCCCACUAUGAGCUGAUCUACCACCGCCAUGUCUACAAUCUGCCCGAGGGCAGAAACAACAUGUUCCAUACACUGCUGAUGUUUCUGUACAUCAUAAAGACAAAAGAAUCUGGGAUGCUUGGGCGAGUGAAUUUUGGUGCAUCAGGAGUCAACGUUCUAUGGAUUUUUGGAGAGUAACAUCUCUAGCAGGACUGCAGCUCAGAAGAACGAUCCUGCUUCUCUGACAAGACGAACUGAGCAGCAUUGUUUCACUUGUUGCCUUGAACAUGGACUAUGAAAUGGGAUAAUUUAAACUCUGCUUUAUGGACAGAGGAGAAAUGUUUGUAAUUUCUGUACAGUUUUGGGGAGGAUACGUUUUAAAACGUUUUAUUGUUUUUUACUGAUGAAAUGUGUCUAAAUAGGAACUCCAGGCAGGUCUUUUCUAUUUGGCUCCUCACCUUAACAAAUCGUAUUUAAACCCCCUUGCUAUUUCUGUUGCAUUUACUCUUCAAGCGCUCUAAAGAGCUUAGCUGACCGCAGGGCUCAGCGACGAACCCGCGCUUGCCGCGUUUGAGGGUGGAAUGCAACAGCGCGGCUGGGGCGUUUCUCCCGCAGUGGUGCCCAGCCGCUCGCUGGCGAGCAGUCCCUUGAGAAGACAGUUACUGCAACGCGGCCAGCUGCCGGAUUCACAAGAUCCAAGAGAUUCCAGACGGGCAUAACAGGCGCCAAGUUAGCGCUUACACUGAUUUUUGGUUAAUUUAAUUACAUGCGAUCUGAAAGGACGUUGUCUUUUAUCCCUGCCCAUUGGAAUAAUUGGAUUUUGUGACCUCUGGAUGCUUCAGGUGUCUCCACUACAGACAUAAGGGAAAGAGAAAACUUUUUGACUUGCUGGUUUCAGUAGGUGUUUAUAAGAUAGAUUUAAAACAAAACAAAAUAACCAUACCAUUCAACUGUGACCAUCUUACGAGAUAGAAGAUGUUGUGGGUAAUAGAGUACAACUAGAAGGUUA